GACUUGUGCCCAGAGUUUGAUUUUCCACAGACCAGGUAGAGGCCAAGAGCCUCUCAUAGCCGAUACAGCAGGGUUGCUAUGGUAACGCUUGCGGCCCCCCCCCCCCCCCCCCCGCAAGUAGCCGGCUCGACACCGCUCUUUCCCUCUGAAGGGCCACUCGUUUUAGCCACGUCCUCUUAUUGUCCCUCCCCUGGCCACACCCCUUCAGACAUGCGCAGUGCUCCCCUUGGUCCAGCGCCGGAAGCUCCCUCGUGAGUGUCCGGAAACUAUCAGCUCACUCACUGCCUCAUGUGAAGAUUAACCCUUAAGUACUCCACACUACACGCUUCUGAAACUGGGGUAGGCACAGUGUCAGUUCUGUGCAGGGCGGACGCAGCAGGACAGAAUCUCCGUGGGCAUACUUCUAGAACAUCUAUUUUACUGCAAGAUUUUGAAGAAACAAAUUUAAUUGAUUUCCAAGGUUUGUCAAGGAGGACAGAAGCUCAGAGCACCCUGCACUUGGGGAUCGGCAAUAGGAGCUGCUCUCUGGAUGGGGAGAUGGGAGCUAGCAGCUCACAAUGGGGUCACAAGGCGACAUGACAAUUGUAGGCCUGGAGGGAGAUGAGUUGACAACAUCACUUCCCUAUAACCGCUUGUUGGAUCUGAUCUCACAUACACAGACUCACUCCAAAGACUCACCUGGGUGUCUGCUUCUCAGCUUCAUUAACAUGGUGGAGGCUGAGAACUUCAAGAGCAAAGUACUGGAAGAUUUAUUGUCUGGUGAGGGCCUGUAUCCUAGUUCAGAGAUGGCACUUUCUACAUGUGUCCUCACACAACUGGAAAGACUAAAACCCAUUGACUUGAUCAUCUGUCACUUGACCCUCGUCCACAUAGUGAACUUCUUCAUUGCACUAUUAUUGCAGUCUCCACACCUGUUUGCAUCACUGAACUUCCAGAAUGACUUCAAGUGUAAGGCACUUUCCUACCUGAGCAGGGCGAUGUGGGGCCUCUCCAUCUGUACCAUCUGCCUCCUGAGCGUGCUCCAGGCCAUCACCAUCAGCUCCAGCACCUCCUGUAGUAACAGGAUCUUCUACACUGUAGCUGCUUCCAAUGUGACCCAGAUAAAUGUGCUGAAUAUAGAAUAAUGUCUCACUGGAAAUCUCAACGUUCUUCAUUUAGAACACCACCGCCAAUAUCUACCAUAUGCUGGGAUUAUUGUGCAGGGUAAUUUUUAUUAUUACGUGAAUGUAUAUUUAUAUACUGCAGAAACUUUUAAAAGAUAAUCCUCCAUGGAAAGGAAUAAUACAUGUUUAUGGCCAGAAUUACUGUUUUUCCUUAAUAUUAAGAUAGUAUUGUUAGAUUUAAUUACCUGAAUUUAGUCAUUUGGCUCCAGUCAAAAUUCCUCCUUCUUAGCAAUACUCUGACUCUGUAAAAGUAACCACAUUUGGAUUCUGUUUCCUCUAGUAGUUAUUUAAAAUGAUCUUUAAAAAAUUACUAUGUGGUUAUAUAUUACUUGUUACACUUUUUUCUUUUCUUUAUUUUUUGGUUGGUUACACUUUAAAUGAUUAUUUCUAUUGCCAUUUCAUGGUACUUAGAAAAUAUCACAUGUAAGACUUUUGCUUUUAUAAAGUUAGUAGUACAUUUUAAAGCCUAAACUCUUGAGAUUUUAAUAAUCUUCUAUGAUAUUUCAAAAUUAUUUUAUUUUCUUUUGAGUGCUUAAAGAUAAUAUUUGUCUACCUGAUCAGUACAACUUAUAAAAAGUUAUUUAACACUCUUUGUAUUCAUUUAUUUGUUUUCUACAAGAAAAGUUCUUUCUCUGAUAUUUGUGUGUUUGUUUUAGAGAUACGAUCUCACUCUGUCACCCAGGCUAGAGUGCAAUGGUAUGGUCAUGGCUCACUAUAACCUCAAACACCUGGGUUUAAGCGGUCCUCACAUCUCAGCCUCCCAAGUAGCUGGGAUGACAGGUGCAUGCCACCAUGUCUAAUUUUUAAUUUGUAGACAUUGCCCAGCCUGGUUUCAAACUCCAGGCUUCAAGUUAUCCUCUCACCUUGGUUUCCCAAACUGUUGAAUUAUAAGUAUGAGCCACUGUGCCUGGCCUCUAAAAUGAUUUUAAUGUCACCUAAUAUGAUUACAAAGGUAUAAAUUCCUCACUUACAUGAAACUUUGGGUUAUACAUUCAACUCUUUGUUAUUAAAUAUAUACACACAAAUGGCUUGGAAUUGUGCCUAAAACAUCAUAUAUCCUAAGUAUUAACAACUCUGGAGCUCAGUACAAUGGCUCACACCUGUAAUUCCAACACUUUGAGAUGCUGCUGUGGGACUGCACACGGGAGUUCAAGACAAGACUGGAAAACAUAGCAAGACCCCAUCUCUAGAAAAAAUUUUAAAAAUUAGCCUGGCAUGGUGGCAAGUGCCUGUAGACCCAAGCUACUCAGGAGGCUGAGGUGGGAGGAUUACUUGAGCCCAGAAGUUUGAGGUUGCAGUGAGCUAUAAUUUUGCCACUGCACUCCAGUCUGAGCAACAGAGACCCUGUCUCUAAAAAAAUUUAAACCAACUCUAGGCUGGGUGUGGUGGCUCACGCCUGUAAUCCCAGCACUUUGGGAGGCCAAGGUGGGCAGAUCACAAGGUCAAGAGUUCAAGACCAGCCUGGCCAACAUAGUGAAACCCUGUCUCUACUAAAAAUACAAAAAAUUAGCCAGGCAAGGUCGUGGGCACCUGUAAUCCUAGCUACUCAGGAGGCUGAGGCAGGAGAAUUGCUUGCAUCUGGGAGGCGGAGGGAGGUUGCAGUAAGCCGAGAUUGUGCCACUGUACUAAACAACUCUGAUAUAUUAGGUUUUUAUCUUUUCAUGCCAUUCUUUAUUUACUGCAUCAUUUUGUAUUUGUUUUUAUUCAAAUUUAUAUUCCCGUCCAGUGUAAAUAUUGAUUAAAAGAGAGGUAGGCACAAACUUUCAUUUUGGUUAAACAUUUUGCAAAUUUCUCUAAUUUACUUUAGAUGAUGGGCCCCAUUUACUUCAUUAACAUAUGUGAAUAUUAAGUGCAACAAGUACAAUAAUCUCCUCCCUACAACAGAGGGCCUUGAGACACUGUGGAAACAUGGAUUGCCAAAAUCUUUGUCUUUCCACAUUAUUCUUUCUUUUACUUUUUAUUGCAAUGAAAAUAUAAAAAGAUGGGAUGCUACAAAUUAGAAAUUGAUUACUGGAUAAUAUGCAAACAUUAUUACAGUAAUUUCAAGAAUAAGUAGAAUACAUAAAUAUACCCAUAACAAUUAAAGAGAUUAAACUUUUUCUAUGAAGAAAAGCUCAGUAGACAGUUUCACUUGUAAAUUUGACCAAAUAUUUAAUAAUGAGUUAAAACCAGGUCUUUUAGUUGACUCCCCCACAAAAAAAAAAACUGAAUAACAGAAGAAACUUACCAAUUCAUUCCAUGAGGCCAGUAUUACCCAGACAAAAGUCAAGCAAAAAUCAUCACAAGACUAUAGACUAUUAUCCUUUAUCAAUAUUGACAUAGAAAUCCACAAAAUAAUGACAAAAUAAAUGUAGUCACAAAUGAAAAUUAUUGGACACCAUUACCAAGAGGGGUUAUCUCACAAUGCAAAUUUAACAUCCAAAAAUCAGUCAAUAUAAUACAGCUUAAUAAAACAAUAAAAUAUCAAAAUGAUCAUUCUGAAAAACACAGAACAUUUGACAAAUCUGUACCCAUUUAUGAAAAAACCCUAAGUAGACUAGAAACACAAGCAAAAUUUUUACACCUGCUUUAAGACAUCUAUUAAAAACCUACAGCUAGUAUCAUGCAUAAUGUUGAAAUCCUGGGUGUGAGAACAUUAGUUUGGAAACAAGACAAGAAUAUAUUUUUACCACUUCUAUUUAACAGUACACUGGAGGUUUUGGGCCAGAAAUAUCAUGGAACAAAAAUAAAUUCAUGACCUUCAGAUAAAGAUUGGAAGCCUAUUCAGAUGACAUCCUGUAUAUAAAAAUUUCUAGAAAAUUCGGCCAGGUGUGGUGGCUCACGCCUAUAAUCCCAGCACUUUGGGAGGCCCGGGGCGGGCAGAUCACCUGAGGUCAGAAGUUCGAGACCAGCCUGGCUAACAUCGUGAAGCCCCGUUUCUACUAAAAAUACAAAAAAUUAGCCAGGUGUGGUAAUGCACACCUAUAAUCCCAGCUACUCGGGAGGCUGAGGCAGGAGAAUUGCUUGAACCCAGGAGGCGGAGGUUGCAGUGAGCCAGGAUCACACCAUUGCACUCUAGCUUGGGCAACAAGAGCGAAACUCCAUCUCAAAAAAAAAAAAAAAAAAAAGAAAAUUCACAAACACCCACUAUAAUAAAUGAGUUAAGUAAGAUUGCAUGAUUUAAAAUAAAUAUAAAAAUAUUAAUAGAAUUUCUAUACACUAGCAAUGAACAAUCUCAACAUGACAUGAAGAAACAAUUCCAUUUACAAUAGUUUCAAAAGGCAAUGCUAAUUGUGUUGGCUCACAAAUGUAAUCCCACCACUUUGGGAGGUUAUGGCAGGAGGACUGCUUGAGGCAAGGAUUUUAAGACCAGCUUGGGCACACACAGCAAGACCCCAUAUGUACAAAAAAUUUAAAAAUCCAUGGAAUGUGGUGGCAUGCACCUGUAGUCUCAGCUACUCAAGAGGCUGAGGCUGGAGGAUAGCAUGCACUUAGGAAGUUGAGGCUGCAGUGACCCAUGAUUAUGCCACUGAACUCUAGCCUAGUUGACAGAGCCAGACACUGUUUCAAAAAAAAAAAAAAAGAAGAA